AUGUGCCUAUUCUUUAUCCAAGAUCGGCGUCACGCUCGGAGCAGCCACAGCAACACGCUGGUCAAGGGUAGCAAAAACAAGCACAUCUUCGACGGCAUGUUUUCUGUGGACGCGAAACCGCCCGUCGGACAGCCAAUCGAGCUCGACCUGCAUGGACUCUACUUCCACGCCUUCCACCUGCACGUGAACCCGUUCCAGCUACAGGGCGACCCCGUCCUGGCGGACGCCACCGCAGCGCUCCCCACCGGCAACUCGGGCGGGGCGUUCCACGCGAAUUUCGAGGAGAAGAAGACGGGCGCGUUCGCCGACUACUUCCGCGCGGGCGACUGGCACGACACGCUCAUGCUGCCCACGCGCAACUCUCUGACGGUCCGCUCGCAGACGGACAAGUUCACGGGGAGCCAGAUCUUCCACUGUCACAUCCUCGACCACGAGGACCUGGGCAUGAUGGGGCAGUUCCUCAUCCAGGAAGGGCCUGACGCCGAGUGGGCAGGGGCGAGGAGGAUCGACCCCCGCUGCUACAACGCAAGCAGCGUGGAGCGCGGCGGCGCGAGGCCGUUUGCCCGCAUCGUCGACCCAGGCUCGUCAACGUGCCAGAAUUACGGCAUCGGGCGGCGCGACAUUCCGGAUGCCACGAAGCGCGAUGUGGAGAUCGCAAAGGUGGAGAUCGACGUUGAGGUGGAGAUCACGACGGGCGAGGCGAUCCGGCCGGUUGCGCCGCAAGCGCCCUCGGGCAUGGCGGAGCGGGAAGUGGUUUAG